GAGCCUCCAUCAUCCUCCUCCUCCACUACCACCACCACCACCGGCACUGUCAGGCGGUUCACCACCUUAAAUUCUCAUUUUUCCAGCGACCCAGAUGAGUUUGGAAACCCCAGAAAGUGCAAGCGAAGCUAAACAAUGCACCAGUGAAAAAAAUGAGAGUAGAAGAAACCCGGGUAGGAACAAUGCCGGGAAGCACCCGACGUACCGCGGAGUUCGGAUGCGGACUUGGGGCAAAUGGGUAUCCGAGAUCCGCGAGCCCAGAAAGAAAUCCCGGAUCUGGCUCGGAACCUUCCCGGCGGCGGAAAUGGCGGCGCGUGCCCACGAUGUAGCUGCGCUGGCGAUUAAGGGUCGCUCGGCCCACCUGAAUUUUCCGGAGCUGGCGCCGGAGCUUCCCCGGCCGGCGACGGCGGCCCCCAAGGACAUCCAGGCGGCGGCUGCGAAAGCGGCCGCCGGCGUGUUUUAUCGGCCAGGCGAGUACGAGGCAGGCCGGCAGGAGAGGCCCCGGAGCUCGUCGCCGUCGGCGAACGGCGACGACGAUGCGGACGCGUUGUUCGACCUGCCGGAUCUCUUCGCUGAUAUGGAUGACCCGGCAGUCAACGGGUUUUGCUACCCGUCGUGGUGGGAACCACAGGGGGAAGCGAGCGCCGGGUACAGAGUGGAGGAGCCGUUCGCAUGGGAUUAUUGCUGCUAGAGAGUGUUGUGCCGUGUUUGGGAUUGUAAAUUUGGAGGGUUGGAGUAUUUUUUUUGUAUGCAGUUUUCAAUUCUGCAUUAGUUAGAUCUGCCUGCGCUUGCAAUUAAGAGGUUUUUUCUUUUUUCCUUUUUUUCUUUUUAAGGAAUGACUGGAGGUUCAAUUUUAAUUUUAUAGUAUUUUUUUUUUUUGCUAUACAGAGGAGCUCAAGUGGAUAGUAGUUAUGUGUAUUUAUCCAAUACAGCUUGGAAUUUUAAAAA